AAUAUGCACUUUUAUUCACAAUUUAUUAACUUUGCUUACAUUUUAAUAUGCAGCAAAGGUGUGUUGUUGCUUCCUUGGUUACCGUCACCAUAGUGUAACGCAAAGCUGACAGAAGGAGGAGGAAGUGAACGGAAUCUUUGAGUGUCUUGAUUUAAUUGCAGAUAAUUAUAAUCUAACAAGCAAACUGGGCUGUUUUCAGCAACUAUACUUGUUUUUAAAGUGCUGGAGACCAUAUCAGCGCAUCUAAAGACUCAGACAUGAGCGAGUGUGACUCUGUUUUCUACCCGCUGCACAUUGGAUGCUCCGCUCAGGCUGAGUUUUUGGACACGCAGCGCCUCUGCCGUCGGCUCAGUCAGUGCUAUCUAGAGGAGUGUGUGUUCCCGGUGCUGCUGCCGGCGCUACAUGCUUUACUGGAGGAAUCACAGAAGCACCACUGCACACAGAAGAAAAAGAGGACAUUCAAUGGCUGUGACUUCCUUACAGAAUGGCUGUACAACAAAAACCCACGUUGGACAGAGCGAAUACCGACAAAUUUUGAGAACAUUCCUUUUGUCCAGAACUGGCUUUCCGAACAUCCCAGACAGCAGAUCCAGGUUCCUCCAACACCUGAGCAAGCUGCAGUGCUAAUCCAGGCGUUCUGGAGGGGGUGUAAGGUGCGUGCUCAUCCAGAGGUGCAGGAGCUGCGGCAGUGGCAGAGGGAACUGCGGGAAAAGAGCUGCGACAUCAACAAAACGGUUCAGGAUUUCUGGAUGCAUCAGGAGAACAGAGUCUGGUCAGAGCUGGAUGAGCUGGUGGACAGCACGGAUCCGCAUGUGGAGGCUGGAGUUUAUAUUGAAGUUGUGCCGCCGACGCCGCAGAACAGAGCGCUUUACACACCGACUCCAGCAGGACACGCUGAGAAAACAGAGCUCCUGACGCCCUCGACCACCUCCACACACACUGCAGCAUCUUAAAGGGCCAGUUCACACACAAACACACAGUUCUGUCAUCAUCUAAACACCCUUUACUUGAGGAGUUUCUUCUGUUCAACACUACAGAAGAUAUUCAGAAGAAUGCUGAUAACCAUGGACUGCUGUGGUGUUUGUUUUUCCUACUGUGGAAGUCAAUGGUUACCGGUUUCAAGCCUUCUUCAAAUAUAUAUAUAUAUAUUUAAUA